UCCAUGUAUGUGUGUUCAUCACGUGGGUGUUUGGUGUCCUCAGAAGACAGAAGAAUGUAUCAGCCGCCCUGCAACAGGAUCUAAGGAUAAUUUUGUGCCACCAUGUUAGUGCUGGGAACCAAGCCCAGGUCUUCUGCAAGAGCAGCUGCAGUGACCUAUGAGGAUGUCCAUGUAAGCUUCACUCAUGAAGAGUGGGCUUUGCUGGAUCCCUCCCAGAAGAAUCUCUAUAAAGAUGUGAUGCUGGAGACCUACUGGAACCUCACAGCUGUAGGUAAGAGUGUUAGUUUUCCUUCACUUUUUAAACACGGGAACAAGCAUUCCUUGGCUAUUCAUGCAUUUCUGAGAUUUCUGUUGUCAAAGAGGAACAAUGUGGUGAAUAAACAGACUUGGUCUCAGGUUCACCAAAGAUACAAAUCGGAAGACCGCAAUAUUGAAGAACACUGUCAACGUUCUAGAAGACGUGGAAGGUAUAACAUCAGUCACUCUGUAUACACUGAAGAGAAACUCUGUGAACAUAAUCAAUGCAGUAAAGCCUCUGCAAAGUUCAGUAGUCUUAGAAAACAUGAAAAAAUUCAUACUAGAGGAAAACCCUAUGAAUGUAAUCAAUGUGGUAAAGCCUUUGCAAGUCGCAAAUAUCUUACAAUACAUAAAAGAACUCAUAAUAGAGAAAAACUCUAUGAAUGUAAUGAAUGUGGUAAAUCCUUUACAAGUCGCAGUUAUCUUCCAAUCCAUAAAAGAAUUCAUACGGGUGAGAAACCCUAUAAUUGCAGUGAAUGUGGAAAAACCUUUGCAUAUAGCAAUUCUUUUCAAAAACACAAAAAAACUCAUACAGGAGAAAAACCCUAUAAUUGCAAUGAAUGUGGUAAAGCAUUUGCACAUCGCGGUUCUCUUCAAGUACACAAAAGAUCUCAUACGGGAGAGAAACCCUACAAUUGCAAUGUAUGUGGUAAAGCAUUUUUAACUCGCCAUUACCUUCAAGUACAUGAAAUAGUACAUACAGGAGAGAAACCAUAUUUAUGUGAUCAGUGCGGUAAAGCCUUUGCAUGUCACAGUAGUCUUCAAAUACACAAAAGAACUCACACUGGAGAGAAACCCUUUAAAUGUAAUCACUGUGAUAAAGACUUUGCAAGUCGUGCAAGUCUUCAAAAUCAUGAAAAACAUCACACUGGAGAGAAACCCUAUGCAUGUAAUCAGUGUGGUAAAGCCUUUACACGUCAGAGUGUCCUGCAUAGGCAUAAAAUAAUUCAUACAGGAGAGAAACCCUAUAAUUGCAAUGAAUGUGGCAAAGCAUUUGCACGCCGUGGUGCUCUUCAAAUACACAAAAGAACUCAUACAGGAGAGAAGCCUUUUGAUUGCAAUGAAUGUGGUAAAGCAUUUUCAACUCGCCGUCAUCUUCAAGUACAUGAAAUAAUGCAUAUGGGAGAGAAACCAUAUGCAGGUGAUCAAUGUGGUAAAGCCUUCACAAGUCACAGUAAUCUUCAAGUACAUGAAAUAACUCACACUGGAGGGAAGCCCUAUGAAUGUAAUCAGUGUGGUAAAGUCUUUGCAUGUCGCAGUAAUCUUCAAGUACAUGAAAGAACUCACACUGGAGAGAAACCCUAUGAAUGUAAUCAAUGUGGAAAAGCCUUUGCAAGUCGUACUAAUCUUCAGAAUCAUGAAAAACAUCAUACUGGAGAGAAACCCUAUGGAUGUAAUCAGUGUGGUAAAGCCUUUGCACUGAAGUGUAAACUUCACAGGCAUGAAAAAAUUCAUACUGGAGAGAAACCCUAUGGCUGUAACCAGUGUGGUAAAAACUUUGCAUUAAAGUGUGAUCUUCAAAUACAUGAACGAAUUCAUACUGGAGAAAAACCCUAUGCAUGUAAUCAAUGUGAUAAAGCCUUUGCAAGUCGCGUAUAUCUCAGAAAACACAAAAGAAUUCAUACCGGAGAGAAACCAUUUGAAUGUACUCAGUGUGGCAAAGCCUUUGCACGUCGCAGUUAUCUUCAUGUACACAAAAGAAGUCAUACUGGAGAGAAACCGUAUGAAUGUACUCAAUGUGGUAAAGCCUUUUCAUUUCGCAGUAAUCUUUAUACACACAAAAGAUGCCAUACUGGAGAGAAACCGUAUGAAUGUACUCAGUGUGGUAAAGCCUUUUCAUGUCCCAGUAGUCUUUAUACACACAAAAGACGUCAUACUGGAGAAAUGAUAUGAAUGUUGUCACAGACACGAGGACAAGUUGUGGAGGCUUUGCUUGACAAAGGUUCA